GUGUGUUGGCAUCUGGAGCAAGAACACCCUCUGGCGGAGAAUUCCUCGCCCUGUGCCAACAGCAGGCGCCAUCUGUGAGGGUAAUCUGUGGGGGCUUUGAGACAGUAAGCAGAGCGUAUUGUGGAGCUGGUCGUCCUUGGUGGGUGAUGGAGGAGAGCCAGAACCUUGAGGACAGGAGGGAGGGAGACAGUGACGGGCCUCGCCAGCAGACGCUCACUCUUUGUGGUACAGCACAACAUUGCCACUCAACAACAUUUCAUGACAAACACGAGGAAGAAGAAAAUAUCACAGAUCAAGUUCAGGACACUGACGACGAGUUCCAUAACGCUGUCGAGUUUCAGGAUACAUACACUCAGCCCAACAAAGUUAACGAUGAGUUCCAGAAAAAUGACCAGAAUUUUCAUAACGGUGACGUUGCCCUCAGAAAGCCUGACUGUGGCACUAGUGGAGCUGAUGAAGCCAGGGACGGCACCAACAACAGUGGCAACAAUAUGGUUCAAAAGGCAAAAACUCACAGAAGGAUUCCUGCCCCAUUGUCACUUCCUCCACCUUCGUCAUCUCUGUUUUUUCCUGUAUACACCUUGUCGUCCCCGUCGUCGCCGUCGUGGGAGGGGAGGUCGUCUCUACGACUGGCCACCAUCAACGAGGAAUACACUGUCGGUAUGAGUGACAGGAGCAGCAAACUGGUGGAGGUCAGGCAGAAGUUCGUCGGCGUCCUAGGUCGACUGCGGACUAAGAGCGAGUGGUGGACUUUCGAUGGAAAGUUCGAUCCGUUUCAAGUUUUUGAAGUUGAACAUGAGGCGUGUUUGGACUUUGAGAUCAAAAUUGAACGUGGAGAAUCCAUCACCAAAGGCAGCACUCUGCAAGACCUCAUGGACACUCCAGAUCCAUAUGUUAUACUCAAGAUUCCUGGGAGCUCAAACUCCUCCAAAAGAACCAGUCAUGUGGACAACUGCACCAAUCCCAUCUGGGACGAGUCUUUUCACUUCUACCUCGACCCUUCUAAAGAACACAACUUAAAGGUGGUAUUGAUGGAUGCCAACUACACAUUGGAUGAAACUCUUGGUGAAGACUCGUUCUGUGUCAAUGAGUUAACUAAUGAUAUUCCCACUAAACACACAUUUGUCUUCCCCGGUGGCUCUAAAGUACACACACUUCUUAAGCUACAGAAAAAUAAAACACCCGAUCUUCGUUUCUCUCUUGCACUGUGUAAAGAAGAAAAAGAAUUCCUUCAAAUCCGUCGGAAGAAAGUCCUACUUGCAAUGCAGAAAGUAUUGGGAACAAAAGCACCAGACACAGAAAGACAGGUUCCCAUUAUUGGUGUUCUCGGAUCUGGUGGUGGGUUUCGUGCCAUGACGUGUCUCAGUGGUGCAGUGAAGGCCCUUCAGGAGUCUGGCAUCCUGGACUGUGCCACAUACAUCACAGGACUCUCUGGUUCUUCAUGGUACAUCUCUACGCUGUAUUCACAUGAUUCCUUUCCUGAUGUAACACAUGCUCAAAUACAGAAGGAACUUCGUGAAUCUGUCACCAAGGAUUGGAAGUGGCAGCUUCUCCAUGCACCUGCAUAUGUAGCCAGUAUGGUUGCCAAAUAUAAGCAGGGUCAGCCUGUGUCCUUUACAGAUUUUUUUGGCCAUCUGCUUGGAGACGUUCUUCUCAAAGGGCAAAAACACAAGAAAUUGACUGAAUCACAACGAAUACUUGUACAAGGAGUUGUUCCUAUGCCUUUGUAUACCUGCCUUCAUGCAAAGAAGAAAGUAUCCUGUCGUUCUUUUUCAGAGUGGGUAGAAUUUUCUCCAUAUGAGAUAGGCAUUGCUAAAUAUGGAACUUUCAUGAAGACACAAGACUUUGGAAACAAAUUCAUUGUAGGAAAAAAAAUUAAGCAUUUUGAUGAAUUUCCUCUCCACUUCCUGCAAGGAGUGUGGGGCAGCGCCUUCACAAUACUCAUCAAGAGGCUGGUGAUGGAAGGGGGGAAGAAGGACAUUGUGCAGAUCAUGAGAGAUGCUCAGAAGGACGAAAUGGAAAAACAAAGAGAUGACACUCACAGCUCAGGAGAGAGUUCGGACUCAGAAGAUGAGGAAGAUAUUCAGGGUAAAGAUGAUAAAGAAUCUGAAGAAGAAGAAUUUGAUGUCCCAAGAUACUCUGUAGCACAGCCAGUCAAAGUAGAUUCUUUGGAAAAUGAGUUAUCAGGAUGUUCUAUCUCAGAACAUGGAGAAACUGUUAGUCCUUUUGAGCAAGAGGAGAAAAGUUCCACACUACUGUCAAAAAAAAACUCUCCUUUUCACCGGAAAUCUAAUCAAAACAAAACAAUGCUGACAGCCAAAUCAGUUGAUUCUCUUCAUCUAAAUGGUACAGAGGAAAGGAAAAUAUUUGCUGGAAGAACUGAAGGAGAUUCACAACAAAAACCCCGAAAAUUCUCUUCUGGAUUUAACUUUGACCUAACUAAGAGAAAGACUUCUAAAGAUAACAGAAAGACCAGCUCUGAGAGUGACCCAGGGGGUAAGACAGAGUAUCAGGCGAAUCAGACGGCUGUUACCUCAAGAUUAGUUCGCCAAGGAGCUUUUAAAGCAUCUCGGAAAGAAGGAAAUAAUAGGUCUGCACCCGGACCAAAAGUCUGGGCUGAGAGAAGAAAAACCUUUCGAAAGUCAAGAGUAGAAAAGAAAGCAGGUUUAUGGGAUGGCCUGAAGCAGAACAUCAUGACUGGAGCCAAUAUACUAAAUUCCAGAGCUGGGAGAGCAGGGGAAGUGCUCAAUCCCUUCCGAGGCCUUUCCCUCAGACAUUCCUUUCCUAUAUCGCCUUUUGCUGUUGAUGUUAUGGGUGAAGAUGAAGACCAGGAGGAUACAGUGGAUUCUGACUUGGACAUUGGAAUGAGUAGCAGGUAUAAGCCCUUAGAUAACACAGCAAAGAAGUUGUUCAUAGUUGACUCUGGGCUGGCCUUCAACUCUCCGUACCCACUCCUUCUGCGACCACAACGAGCUGUUGAUAUUUACCUUUCAUUUGACUUCUCUCAGAGGCCCUCAGACAAAGCACAGCCUUUCAAGGAACUACUACUUGCAGAAAAAUGGGCAGUGCAAAACAAAGUCCCAUUUCCUCCAAUACAAAAUCAGGUUGGUCAAUAUGAAAAUGAAGAAGUCCGUGAGUGUUACGUGUUCAAGCAUCCAACUGACCAGUUUUGUCCAGUCAUUCUGCAUUUUCCACUGGUCAACAACAAAUUUAAGAAUUUUAAAGCACCAGGAGUUCCAAGAGAAACAGAAGAGGAAUUCAGUUUUGCUGACUUCCCCAUUUUUGAUGAUCCUCUGAAUCCAUUUUCUUCUAUGAACUUUGUAUAUGAGCCAAAGCAGUUUGAUCGCCUGACAAAGCUGGUAGAGUUUAACACACUCGUCUGCAUUGAUACUAUAAAGAAAGAAAUUGCAGACGUUAUAGUGAGAAAGAAACAGUUCAUACGAAAGAUAUCUGUAAGUGAUGUGGUGAAGACAGCAAAACGUGUGUACAGUUUUUGUGGCAACAGAAGUAGUAUGGAUCUUAAAUUGAAAGUAUCCCUUGAAAAUGAACGUCAGUUGAAGAAUUAUGCAAUGAUGUCUCGUGGACUUGACCGUCAAGCUAGUAGAGACAGUUCUGAAGGUGAAUAUACAGAUGCAUUAGAGGAGCUAACUGAUGAAAGCAUAUAUUUGUGAACAAGGUCUCUGGGUCACUGUGAAUCAAUAUCAUAACACAUCAUUUUUCCUGAAAUACCAGCUCACUUCAUGAUCUUCAUAUGAGCUUUGAUGUAGCUAUUUAAUAUUAUAGUUUUUCUAUUGAGCUUAAAAGGCAUUACUUUAAAGAUUUAGACAAAAUAAUUUACAGUAUUUACACAUUUAAAGAUAUUAUUACCUUCGUGGUUGAUAAAAGAAACCCUGACUAUGGUAUAUAUAUACUUGAGACAUACCAGUCUUUCAAUUUGAUAUAUUGUACCAGAAUAUAUACUGUAAUAAAGUUGCUUGAUAGGAUUAAAAGAAGUCAUUUUAUUUUAGGUUUACUUUUUAAUUCAGUAUUUCAGCUAAACACAGUCAUAUAUUGGUUGGUAACAACGAGAAGUAAGUUUUUUUAUUACUAAAGUGUAUUGGUAUACUUGCAAUUUCAUUUUCCAUCUCUGAGCAGGAAAAUGAUGAUGAUAAAGAUGGGCAGGAAAUUAUCUGUGAUUUUCUCACACUUCAUUUUUCACAAAAAUAUUAUUCAUGACAUAUAUAAUCAUAUUUAUUUAUGUUAUAAAGCUUAGUACAAAAUAUAUUUUAUACUGAGUACAUUGAAAACUUGUAUAAAGUGUUAAGUUUUUCUGAUUCAUAUUUUUGUAAAGUUUGACUCUCCCAAAGUCAAACAUUGACUUUGUAUCUUUAGUGCUACAAGCUGGGUAUGACUCCCAGAAAAUAUAUCCAAUGCUACCAGCUGGGGGACUACCUGUUUUUAACAUAAUACUGUGCAUAUGCUGUAAAGUGCAGUAUUUAGGUGUGAGUACAGUGGCCCCUCUGUUUACGAAUUUAAUCCGUUCCAGAGAAGGUUCAUAAGCCGAAAAUUCACAACCCGAAACAAAAUUUACCCACAAGAAAUAGUGUACACUGAAUUAAUCUGUUCUACACUCCCCAAAAAAUUAACUUCAAAAUAUAUUUCAUACCUAAUUCACAUAAAUAUUUAGUACUAUGG